GUACACGGGCGAUGAACGUGACAUCAUCCGUAGUUGCCUGUCGGCAGAGUUGAUCUGGUUUUGUAAAGAAAUCUUUUCCUCUUAUAUGUAUUGACAGCUAUUUCCUACUCGGUCGUGGUGUACGGACGUGCCUGGUAUCGAGACGGCGUUUUCUACUAAAUAGAGAUCUUAGUAAAUUGAGUUGCCAUACAGCACAUACUAAUCAUUUAGCCAACUUUAAAAGCUAACGGAAUCAUUUUAGCAUUUGCUGACUAACAUUAGCUAUCAACUUCAUCAAGGGAAGAGGAAAGAACUUGGAAUGUCAACCACCAGCUGGCUAGGUUAGCUUGCUAACUAGCUAGUUAACGUCAUAGGGAAGAGAUGAGAGACAAGUCGCCGUUGGCUGCAGGACCUGCUGAAAGUCCAAAGGCACUAUGAUUUAUGACUUGUGAAAUCACUGGGUAGUGUCUAAUGCAGGAUGCUUCAGGGACCUUUUGGAAGCCUGGACAGAGACAGGCCCCUCAUCCGGAUACAGUUCACCCACUUUACUGUAGCCACGGUCUGCCUGCCGCUCAUUGGCUUCAUCACAUGUAUUGUCACCUCACUCUUCUCUCACUUCAAUGACUCCACGUACACUCACUGCCAGGUGUCCAACUAUCUCCCAUCCAUUAGUGCUGCCAUCAGCCUGACACCAGAGCGGUAUGUUUGGAGGUUCUGUAUUGGCUUACACUCGGCACCACGCUUCCUGGUGGCAUUCGCCUACUUCACCUUCUACAGAGGGCACUUUGUGGGGAGACUGCCAGAGCAGCUUCUGAGUGGCCUGACACUGCUGGCGGCCCUCAGCGAGAAUGUGGGCUUGCUGCUACUCACCUACGUGUCCUCGACCGAGACCUACAGCCUGCACAAAAAUGGCUUCAUCGUCUUCAUCGCAAGCUCCAUCGUCCACAUGCUCUGCACGUGCAGGCUGUGGCAGGUGAUCACCAGGCACACUCUUGGGGUCGAGGAGAGGAAGUCCUACCGAUACAAAUGGCGCCUCUUCCUGUUCAAUAUCUUCUUCUGCCUCUGCGCUGGCUACUUUUUCAGGCGCCACAACAAGUACUGCGAGCCAGGUGUCUACACCCUCUUUGCUUUCAGCGAGUACCUGGUAGUGCUUUCCAACAUGGCAUUCCACAUCACUGCUUACUGGGACUUUGGGGGCAAGGAAGUGAUGGUGGCCAUGCCCCCGGAGGGCAAGCGUUUCUGAUUGGCUGAGACCUAGUCCUUCAAAGCUGAAAUAUGAGGUCAAAGGUUAACUUGCCACUUGAGCUGCUUCUGAAGGUUUUAAUCAAAGAAUAUGUUAGUUCUCUUCUCCAACCAAUACUCCAUUUUGUGCUAUUUGAUAAUACAUAGAUGUGGCCAAUUCGUGUUAACAUGAAGUGUGCUGUGUGCGAAGUGAAGUGCUAUAUUUUUCUCAAUCUGUGUGACCUAAAGUUUAGUCUGAUGCUCGUAGAAGUGGUAUUAUGUUGUCAUUUGAUGCCGUGAAUUUCUGUCUGUGAUAAUGCUUUUCUUUGGUAGGAUUGGACGUGCUCAUAAGAUGACACUAUACACAUGAAAUCAAAGUAUGAUGAUGAUGAUGAUGAUGGUGUGACCUACUAAAUGCUGUCCUGAACCAAAGAUAUGGUAAUGAUAAUACCAUUUAGCACAAUGUAUUAGUCCUCCUUAAAAUCAAAAUGAUGGUUUGAUCCUUAUAUGUACACCUGGCAUAUCUUGCAUAUUAUCUCGUAUUAUAUAUUAUAUAUUUUUGUGCUUGUGUACAGUAACUCAGGUAAAUGUAAUUUCAAAUUGUAUUUGUAAUUUUGUAGCUGAUUUGUAUUAGUCUUUUAUUUCUUGAGCUUUGGUGACAGCUUUUCAAAUGAAUGGAGUUAAAUAAAUGUCUGCUGCUGUUGUCAACCUUA